UUGAAAAAAGUUCACACUCACUUGCAGAUGCCAGCACAAGUAGAGACUCACAUCGUCUUAGGCAGCCUUCAUGGAAUAACCUGACAGGAGGACAUUUUAACCUUAAAUCAUACUAUUUUUGUAUUUGUUUUGCUCAGUGAUAUCAUUAACCGGAUGUUUAAUUUCGACCAAGAUGUUCAUGAAUAGCUACUUUUAUUGUGAAAACAUUUUGGAUUGAUUUUAAACUAGCCACGCUUGACUUUUGACGACUGAUGGAUGCGUUUGGUGCACACGCACUGACGUUUACGCACUGCGUCUAAAAUAGCAAAACAAACCAACACAAUUCCAAAGUGUCUUUCCAGGGCAGGAUUAGGAAGUGAACUUAUCUUGAGAGACUGUUGGGAGCAGCUGUCAAAGUCAUGGGAUCCUCCUGCCUACCGGCCGCCUGGGAGCGCCGCUCAGCUCUCCAGUGCGCAUGAGCGCAACCUGGACGGCUCCAGAGAGGGAAAUUUAAAAAGGUUUUUCGGGGGGGAGAAGCAAGUGCAGCACAGUGGAAUACAGUACAAGGGCACCCCAACGACUCACACGUUCUUCAGUAUCAUCCAAAACAGGUACCACAUAUCACAGGAAAUGAUCGAAGGUGGAAUUACAUCCAGGAUGUCAGGAAUCAUUGAGAAUGCUGGUCAUCAUCCAUCGCCACAAGAUUACAGGCUUCUGACCACGGACCCCUCCCAACUGAGGGAGGAGGACCUCCCUGGGGACCUGCAGUCCCUGUCAUGGCUCACCUCUGUGGAUGUGCCCCGACUGCAGCAGAUGGUUGAUGGCCGUGGUCACAGUAACGGGCCCUCCCAGGGCAGCUUGUUGGAGCAACAGACAGCCCAGCUAAGCAGCAUGUCCAUGACAGCAGGUCAGGGCUCUAUGCUUCACCUGCAGAGCAACAUGCAGCACAGUCCGCUGGGAAUCAGUAUCAUCAACACCCACAACGGACGAAUGUCUCCAUUCUCCAUGAAUGGGAUGCCCUCCCCAGGGUACCAGUGCCCUACCUCAGUGUACCAGCCAGCACCACAGCAGGUGUACUCGCUAACUCAAACUGGACAACAGUGCACAACAGGUAGCCUUUACAGCAACGUCUCCUUCAACAACCAAAGUUUAUUUUCACAACCACGUCUGGCGCCACAAGAACAGGACCUGCAGCCCAAAUCCUUCCCCAAACCCAUCUACUCCUACAGCUGUUUGAUUGCCAUGGCUCUGAAAAACAGCAAAACGGGCAGUCUUCCUGUCAGUGAGAUCUAUAGCUUUAUGAAGGAACAUUUUCCUUACUUCAAGACGGCACCAGAUGGAUGGAAGAAUUCAGUCAGACACAACCUGUCCUUAAACAAAUGCUUCGAAAAAGUGGAGAACAAGACGAGCAGUUCAUCCCGGAAGGGUUGUCUCUGGGCACUGAACCCGGCCAAAAUUGACAAGAUGGAAGAAGAAAUGCAGAAGUGGAAACGCAAGGACCUCCCAGCCAUUCGCCGCAGCAUGGCUAAUCCAGAUGAGCUGGACAAACUGAUCACAGACCGCCCAGAGAACUGCAGGAGGAAGGCAACAGAACCGGUCAUGACACGACUACCCAGCUGUCCAACUGGUCUCUCACUGCCACUUCCCGCCCAGAUGCAGCAGCCCCAGCCCAUUGUCACCCUCUCCCUGCCGUGUUUACCCAUGCACCAGCACCAUCAGAUCCAGGCACAGCUGCAGGUCCAGGCUCGCUUGGCACCCAUGUCACCAGCCCCAGCCCAGACACCUCCCCUCCAUACGGUACCCGACCUGUCUCACAGCCCGCUCACUCAGCAACCCAGCAAGCCUCCAGACGACUUCUACAGCGUGCACAUCGAUAGCCAUACAGAGGUGGAUGCACUGGAUCCAAGCAUCAUGGACUUUGCCCUUCAAGGUAACCUGUGGGAUGAAAUGAAGGACGACAGCUUUAACCUGGACGCUUUGGGCACCUUCAGUAACUCUCCUCUACGACUAUCAGACUGUGAUUUGGGGAGCAGCCUCCCUCCUGCCUCCGGAGUGGCAACCUUGCCGCUGUCAGACGUACAAGUGACGGGUCUUUACACUUCCUACACAUCGCAGGACACCCUCUCCUCUCAGUACAUGGCCUCACCGGCCAGCAGCAAGCCCAUCACCCUGCUUUAAAGCAACACAACUCUUCAACAGAAUCUGGAUAUCCAAUGGAACGCCAACCGGAUACAUUGUGUACAAAUAGGCUGGGAACUAUCAAACACAAAAAUGUCUGGAGAGAUAACUGUCUCGAAGAAAUUUAAAAAAGGUGGCAGAAAAGCAUUUAAGACUUUCCAAUGUCACAGUUUGCCGAGGAAAGACUCCAUCCAGCCUGUGUAAGCAUAAACUAAACAUUGUGUGGGAAAUUAGUCAUGUUUUACGUUCUACUGCUCAGUUUGAAAGCCCUUCUAUAUUGUAGCUUGUCUGUUGUACUGUGCUAGACAUUAUUGCUGUGUUGUUUUAUUUAUAUUUAUUAAAAAAGGCAGCUGGGGAAAGUGACCACGACCUUUUGCUGUAUAUAUUUGAAUGUUUCAAAUGGCUAUUACCACAGAAAACUUUUUUUUUUAUUGUUAUUUUACUAUAUUUACCAAACUUCAUUCCAAAAUGCAGGUGUGCGGCAUCUUUGAUUUUUCGCCAUACAUCUGUCAGAGGGACUCUUAGUAGUGUAUUAUACUCCACGAUUAAAAAAAAAACAACUAAUUAAAUGGGUAAAUAAAAUAGGUUUCUUUUGCCAAAAAUAAACCAGUGCUAUUUAUUAACAGAUUUGCUGACUAUAAAAGACAGAGCUUAUAUACUGUACAUUCAUAUAAAAUGGUAUGGCUGGAGGCAAUUUGUUUGUCAUAUGUUGUAAAAUCACCUUUAAGUUAGCACCACAUCAAAAAAAGGUUAUGAACUGCAAACAAUUCUCAAUGUCUGUAUGAAAUGGGUUCUGCAUUAAAGUCACUGUGGAGUGUCAACCACACUGAUUUCAUAUCAGAGUGGCUCUAAAACUGAGAUGUGUUGUUUUAUUAACGUCAACAGCUGACCAGGAAAUAGUCUGUCUAGUCUACUGUCCCUUCUUAAGGAGUUAGCCCUGAAGAAAACACAUGGCUGAAGAAACAUUGGUAGGAUUACAGAUGACUAUUAUUCAUUUAAUACUGUAUAAUGUGUAACACUCCUGUGGAUGUUCACACUAUCAACAGCUAGUCUGACUGUUUUGUACAACCAGCUCCUUCCUACCUGAAAUAUAAAUAUAAAGCUUCUUGUACAGAAACUGCGGAUGAGGCAAACAAGUACAGUAUUAUGCAUGUAAAAAUGCUGCCAAGUGCAAUGUGCAUUACAGUGAUAACCGAAUGCAGCGUCCCUAUUUGUCAUUGAAGGGCUGACCGUAACAUCAUUGCACAGACAUUAAACUUUAGUGGU